CAUCAUCAAUCACAUGUGCACAGCUUUUUUUAAUACACAUGUCUAUUAUGUUGACUUGCAUUCAGAUCCUAAGAACAAACUGAAUCUGUUAUAAAUCCUAUCCUGAAUUAUUAUUAUUAAAUCUCAUUAUCCUGAGUCAGUGUUUGACUGAAGCACAGUUAGAAGUGGACUGAUACAUUCUUCUUCUUUUCUUUUUUUUUUACAUCUACCAGUUGUGGCUAGUUUGACACGUUUUCUUUCUGUCUUUGUUUAUUUUCAUACUCUUUGCUUGAACCUUUCUGUAUGCAAGUUUUUACAGUCAUACUUUUAAGACAUCAUUUUAUGGCCAACUUUUGACAGGUCUUUAACCUUUCUCUGUACCACUGUGUAAUCCAGUGCAGUUUCUUACUAAGAAUCAGAAAGGAUCUACAGACACAAGGUUAAACAAAAACCCACUCCUCUUUAAAUGGAUACAAUACCUGUUUCUAAAGAACGCAUCAGUUUUAGUGAUGCAGUGUACAAUCACUGCGAGAAAAGCUGUUUGAGAAGAAAGGUUAUACUUGCAGGUGCCAGAUACAGAGUGUCUGCUGCAUACUGAAUCACAACUAUUCAUAUUUGAUGAAAUUCUAAUUUUUCUUUUCCAGAAUGCUUUGUGUAUAUAUUUUCCUGGUGCUGGCUCUGAGCAGAGUGGGACUGAGUUCUCUGCAGGAUAAGCAGACUGAUUUUGGGCUGAAGGUCUUCUACCAGUUGGCCCAGGAGUCAACAGACAAGAAUGUGGUCUUGUCCCCAUAUGGCGUGGCCUCUGUUCUGGCCAUGGCUCAGCUUGGUGCAAAUGGAAACACCAGCAAGGCCUUAACAGCGGGGGAUGCUUCGGCAGCAGUGGCUUCUGCAGCGGGGCCUGUCCACUGAGGAAGGGGUAGAAAUAGCCAACGGGGUGAUGGUGGAGAGGAAGAUGAAUCUGGAGAAGAGAUAUCACCGGACCUUGGCCAAGGCCUUCAAGACCAACCCUCACCAGGUGGACUUCACGAAGCCAGACCAAGCCAUCAGCGUUAUCAAUGCAUGGGUCUCAGAUCACACUGCAGGUCUUAUCCCUGAAUUCUUGCAGUCUGGAUCUCUGACUGAUCAGACACGCCUCGUCCUCCUUAAUGCGCUCCACUUCCAGGGGCUCUGGAAAAUUCCCUUUGACCCAAAACUGACACAGGAGAGGAUGUUCCACUGUGCUAAUGGCAGCACUGUGCCAGUCCACAUGAUGAGAAUCACCAACCGCUUCAACUACGGAGAGUUUGUAACCGCUGAUGGAGUGGAUUACGAUGUGAUCGAGGUCCCAUAUGAGGGCGACUUACUGAGCAUGCUCUUGGUGUCUCCCUUUGAGCCUGAAGUUCCUCUGAGCACGCUCAGUGCAGAUCUGAGCAGCCAGAAGAUCCGACAGUGGAGGACAGAGCUGAGGAAUGUCAGGAGGCAGCUGGCCUUGCCCAGGUUUACUCUGGACUCCGAGGUGAAUCUGAAGACUGCGCUAGUUAACAUGGGACUAGGAGACAUCUUCAACCCAGCUACUGCAGACUUCACACGCAUCACCUUGGAUCAAAGGCUGUGUGUGUCGAAGGUCCUGCAAAAACUGAAAAUUGAGGUGAAUGAAGAGGGAACCAAAGGAGCAGCAUCAACAGCUGCUGUCCUGUUUUCUCGUAUGGCCGUAGAGGAGAUCAUUCUAGACCGACCGUUCCUUUUCCUUAUCCAGCACAAACUCACAGGUGCUGUUCUUUUCAUGGGUCAGUUCAACCAGCCUCAGCAGUAACCCGCUCUGAAAACCUUUCAUUCCCCUGCGUGAGGCUACUUAAAAUUCCACAUGACCAUCCAAUGGAUGACAUAUCUGACAUAUACUACUUAAAUCAGAUGACAUAUUUGAAACUGUAAACUUUAUCACUGGAGGUUUUAUUUUACAACAUUAUUG